GUGCGAUGGUCUGCUGUGCAUUCCUCCCAAGUCAUGACAUUCGGGUCACUUGUUUGACUUAGCAAAACGGGCAAGUCAGUGGUUGGACUAUGUCUUGUAUAUUACAAACCGCCGCCGCAACACUUCUGUCGUAUUUCGUGCUAGGCGACAAGGAAAUACGUGAGCCAGCGACAGGGAAAUGAAUGAAGCAAUAUCCAAACUCUCAGACGUCUAAUUUCCAUAUUUAAUGAGUAUAAAUGAAACACUGCAUGUAUUUUAUCCGCGUUUCAAUUAAGUCCCAGCCAGUGAGUGUCAGCGGUAUAUAUAUACACAGCAUCCGGGCUCUUACAGAUAGUGUAUAUUGUGCAUAACGUACAGCCGGAGGUUGUAAGGUUGAAGGGCAUGUGCUCUAUCACCAACGGUUAUGUAGUUUCAAACUCGUCUGUGAAAUCAUUACGAAGGCAACGUGCUGGAUUGAGCGACUGUGAAGCAGACGACACGGACUGCAGCCUAGACUGAAGCUGUUGUCCCAGGCGCGGCUUUGACAGAUGGUAGAGAUCAGCCUGAAGAUCACAGCGACGAGUGUAGGGAAAGUGGAUUUGUCAAGUACAGAGUGGACAUCCUGUGAAAGGUACCCGACCCCGUGCGAUGCAUCGUUCCGAGCAACACCGCUGUCGAUGGUGUUGACGUAGUGUGACGUAGCGGCCAUGAUGGCGGACCCAUCACAUGGCUCCCCUCAACACAAGGCCUACAGUAACAUGAGGUUUGGUCCCGGCCACAAGACGGGCCAUUUUCCAGCAUACGAUAUGAGAGUCGACGGAGGCACGGCUGUACGGAAUACUGUCAAGAACAUGGUCAGCAAUCUAGAAAAUGUCAUCACAAAUCUGCACGGCAUUGUGGGAGAUUUACGAGUGCUCGUCCAUCAGAUUGAUGUGGUGACCAACAAGAUUGAUGGGAAGUACGGUGUUUAUUGGGAGAAAUCCGGUUUGAACCAUGUCAGUAAUACCCAAGAGAAGGUAUCUAAGGCAAAGGACAUGGAUUCCUUUGGUGUAUGUAGAUGGAAAAUGUUGCGAGAAAAAUACGAUUCCACAGAAUUCUCUCCUGAUAUUGAUUGGUCGUAUUUAGGAUUAGGUGAGUGCAAUAAAAAUCCUGACACGAAAGGCGUAGUAGGCAGGAAACUUCAUUCCAAGAAACUCCGACGAGUCAAACAUUUGGACACAUCUGUGGACUCGUCCGGAGUGAGCACCGACUGUGACCUUGACAACGAAGAUUUCCGGUUACAAUUUGGAAGUGAUUUAGGAUUGUUCAAAUCCCCUCAUGGAAAAUUUGAUCUCCAAGGUGAAAUUAAUUUUGAUUGUUUGGAAAUGGAUGGCCAUUCCAGUGACCUGGACUGUGACGUGAAGGCAAGAGCAAAGUCGAGGAACAUUUCUCUACCCGCGCCCGUGCCCCAGCACACCUACUGCAAGGAUGUCACCGGUGGCUGCUCGAAGGAAACAUACUGCGGAAUGUAUGAAUCACUGAUGGAAUCCAAAUUAGAAACUUUAUCCAACUGUGACGCAAACAGCGAUUUUUCGGAGGAACUAGAAGACGAUUUACCGCCUGUAGUAGACGAUGUACCUUCUGUGAAGUCCUUAGACUUUGAGGCGGAGUACAACCGCCAUGUCAAUCCUUGGACAUCUUUCGGUUUGGUGCACAUCGACUCCACACAAGAGUCUGAUGAGGUGCUGUCUGAAAGCGCAUCAGACAUUCUCAACGACAACUACAUAGAAACCAGCUAUAUCAAUCCAGGCUUCGAUGACGUUCAACCACUGGUGCAACAGACUAUAUGUUAGUUAACACGUAUGUUUUUUAGUCCAUGGAAUUAGGUUACUGUUGUUACCUUUCUGCGGAGGUCUUUUUGGUGCAAGUCAUUUAUUAAUACUUUUCACAUGUCUUGAUUGUUUCACAUUUUCUUCAUGUACAUGCAUUGAUUGGUAACUCUCGAAAGAAUGGUAUGACGAAUGGAGGCAAUGCAUGGACUCCUUGAAUAAAUCUUAAACGUUU